CCUACGGGAAGUCUUCCCCAGUCCCUCUUAAUUCUGGUGCCCUCCCUCUGUUCACGAUUUCCUAGUUUUCCUGUCUGUAUAGCUGGGCUGUACAUAUUUUUUUCGUUUGUUGUCUCCUCCAUCAGACUGUGAGCUCUUUGAGAGCAGGAACUGUUCUCGGCCCGUUCUUGCGUCCCAGCGCUUAGCACAAUGCAUGGCACAUAGCAAACGCUGAACUACUUACUGCCUUCCUGACCGGGUACGGUGCCUUUAAGCACGGAUGUAAGGAGAUGCCAGAACAUCACUGCAGCCUGGAGGAACAUACGGGUAGUACAAGCUGUCCCUCAUGGUCCGGAAUGGCAAACCUGGACUCGGGCAACUUUUGAGAGGCCUCAAAACAUGACCAGGCAAUGACGCCUUCCUCAACAGCCCCUUCCGAGAGGAGGGACUGUUCCUUUAAUGCUGAGGCAUCGUGGAUCUCCUUGCUCUCUGGACAGAGACCCGCUUGGAGAAGUAGGUCCGGCCGCCUCAGCGUCUGCCGGCGCGGUUGCCGGGGCGGAGGGGGCGGUUGCUAGGGACGCCGCGGCCACAGUCGGCGCUCUGGCCGAGAGUCCUUGGGAAGGUGUGGAGGUGAGCCUGGUGGCGACAUGGACGACCUGCGGGUGGAAUGGAUGCGGGACCGGGUGUACCUCGCCUUUCAAAUCACCGAACCGGAGUAUUUCCUCGAGCUGAUGAACCGGAACGACGGCGAGGCCGAGGAAGGGAUUCUGCACUUCUUGAACCAGAGCACGGAGGAGGAGGGCGCCGCGGCGGUCUUCUUCUACCGCCUCUUGGUGCCCGAGGAGGUGGAGGUGGAGAUAGAUAUUCCAGAAAAUUCAUCAUUGGAAGAUGAAGAAGAGGAGGAAGAGUUAGGCAGCCAGACUUCCAGAAUAACAUCAGCGGACAGAAGUACAGCCCCGCAGUCCGUCCUUAGAAGUGAAUCGACUCUUCAGACUACAAACACAGAGCAAGAAGUAGUAGAGAAGCCCCCGCUCAAGAAAAUCGUCAAGCAGAUAGUUGAAAGACUUUACCUUCAGGUGUGUUAUGAUUCCGUUCCCGAAGAAUUUCUGAAUCAAAAUAUCGUUUUCUUUCUCAGAAAUACAAAAGAGACCAUUAAUGAAGCUAAUGAUAUGAAUGAAGCUAUGGAGUUCAUGCCAGAAAGACUGGAGUAUGGGGUCCUUAAUGGGCACAUUCUACACAUGCUUAAGGAUCUUUUGCUUCAUGUGUUUAUCCCAGCGCUCUCCUUCAACCAACACAAGGCGGAACCUCCAGUACAAGUCGUCCUUCCAGGAGAUCUGACACCUCCCGAAAGCUCUAACGUUGAGAAACUCCCAGGGGAGUCCAUCGAAUACCACAGUAUCCAGCUGAUACGGGAUGAGUUCCUCAUGAACAUGCAGAAAUUCACCAACAAUAUCCAGAGAACGAUACAGCAACUUGAAGGAGAGAUCAAGUUGGAGAUGCCAGUGAUCAGUAUGGACAGGGAAGUGUGGGAGAUCGCUGCUGACCCAGAAGCGGUAGACAGCUUGGAGCAAUGUGUGAUCAACUGGCUAAGUCAGAUCUCCUCCGCCAUAGAGGGACAGUUGAAAAAGACGCCUCAGGGUAAAGGCCCAUUGGCGGAAAUAGAAUUCUGGAGGGAAAGAACAGCGACCUUCAGCGCUCUCCAUGAGCAGACCAGGCUGCCCAUAGUGAAAAAAGUCAUAGAGGUCAUCAAAGAGGCCGACUCCAUGCUUGUGGCCAAUCUGCAGCCUAUCUUGAACGAGUUGUACAAGUUUCACGUCGAAGCUUCAGACAACGUUCGGUUCCUUUCCACCGUGGAGCGCCAUUUCAAGAAUUUAACCCAUGGAGUUGGAUUUAGCAUUAUUCUGGAAACGCUUCCUUCCAUGAUGAGUGCGCUGAGGAUGGUGUGGAUUAUCUCCAGGCACUAUAAUAAAGACGAGCGGAUGAUCCCCCUCAUGGAGCGGAUCGCCUGGGAGAUCGCGGAGCGGGUGUGCCGAGUUGUGAACUUAAGGACUUUGUUCAAAGAGAGUCGAGCAUCCGCACAGACCAAGGUGGCCGAGGCUAAGAGCACUCUUUUGUUGUGGAAGAAAUCUUAUUUUGAUGUCCGAGCCAAAAUCGAAGCGUCCGGAAGAGAGCCACGCUGGGAAUUUGAUAGGAAACGUUUAUUUGAAAGAACAGAUUACAUGGCUACAAUCUGUCAGGAUCUGUAUGAUGUCUUACAGGUUAUUGAGGAAUUUUACAACAUAUUUGGUCCAGAACUGAAAGCUGUGACCGGGGAUCCGAAGCGUAUUGAUGACGUCCUGUGUAGGGUUGAUGGGCUCGUCAGUCCCAUGGAAGUGCUAACCUUUGACCCCUUUAGCAUCAAGUGUUCCCAGUUCUGGAAGUACGUUAUGGAAGAUUUCAAGAUUGAAGUCCUGGUUAUUGAGAAAGAAGCAAAGAACUUUAUUGACGAGUCCUUCAAGACUCUUCGCUCCGCAGAAGCUGCUUUUGACAUGCUCUUAAAGUUCAAGCACAUUCGCUCCCGGGAGGCUAUAAAUAAGCAGAUGAUGAUGAAAUUCAAUGAUAUUUUGGCACAAUACUGUAAAGAGGUUGACAUAAUUAAUCGCUUAUUUGUUCUGAAUCUUGAAAACCCACCCUUAUACAAGAAUCAUCCGCCGCUGGCUGGUGCAAUAUAUUGGGAGCGAUCUCUCUUCUUCCGGAUUAAGCACACCAUCCUUCGGUUUCAGGAAGUGGAGGAGAUGUUGGACAGUGAGCGAGGACGGGAAGUAAAACAAAAAUAUCUGGAAGUGGGUAGGAGGAUGAAGGAUUAUGAAGAUAGGAAAUACGAGCAGUGGAGAGACUGGACGGAGCAGAGUUUACCGUCCCUUCUGAAAAAGAGCCUGCUGGCUAAAGCCCGGAUGACGGCAUACACAGCGUCAGAUUACGGAGGACUGUCAAAUUUGGUCAAUGAUGAUGAAGCUACCACAGACAAGGGGAUUUACUUUGUUAUCAAUUUUUCUCCUGCUCUUAAAGAGAUUAUUAAUGAAACAAAAUAUAUGGAACAGCUGGGGUUUAUUGUGCCUGAAUUAGCAAGGAAUAUCGCACUUCAGGAAGACAAGUUUCUUAGGUAUACAGAAGGAAUAAGGCAUAUGUUGGAUCAUUAUUAUACACUUUUGGGAACAUUAAAUGAGGCAGAGUCGACUCUUCUUGAAGAACAAUCCCAGGAAUUAGGGAGAGUGUUCAAGGCUGGAUAUAAGAGAUUGAACUGGAAUUCACUAGGUAUUGCUGACUACCUUGGUCGGUGUAAGGAAGCCAUGGGGAAAUUUCAGUCUCUUGUACACCAGAUUCAUAAAAAUUCUGAUGACAUCACAUCCAUGCUUGGAUUAAUAGAAACAGCAAAUCUCUUUAAAUUCCCAGCUCCUAAAAAUGAUAAAGAACUUCCUGGUGUGAAGGAAUUCUUUGAAUGUAUCGAACAUGAAAGAGCCAAAGACGUAGAACACAUGGUCAGAAAAUACCUUGCUAUAGGACCCCUGCUCACCAAAGUAGAAGGCCUAGUGAUCCACACAAACACAGGCAAAGCCCCCAAACUGGCUCCUUACUAUUUGUAUUGGGAAAAUAAAAUUUAUGAAGCCUUGACAAGAUUAGUCCUAAAGAAUUUGCAGUCAUUCAAUACUUUGGUUCUUGGGAAGGUCCCUUUAUUCCAAAUUGAAACAAUUUUAAGUGCUCCUGAGAUAAUUCUUCAUCCCGGUGCGAAUGAGAUAGACAAAUUAUGUGUCCACUGUGUCAGAGACUGUGUAGAAGUUACCAAGCAUUUUGUCCGAUGGAUGAACGGCACCUGCAUCGAGUGUCCCCCCCAAAAAGGUGAGGAGGAGGAGCUUGUCGUACUGAGUUUUUACGAUGACAUAUUCCUGAACCCCCAGAUCAUGGAGCAGGCCAUCAUGAUCCCCCAGAAUGUGCACAGGGUCCUAGUCAACCUCAUGAAGUACCUGCAUAAGUGGAAGCGCUAUCGGCCCCUUUGGAAACUGGACAAGGCCAUCGUCAUGGAGAAGUUUGCUGCCAAGAAGCCCCCCUGCGUGGCCUAUGAUGACAAGCUGCAGUUCUACUCCAAGAUCGCCAGUGAGGUGACGCGGCAGGCCCUGAUCAAGGAUGACCAGUGUAUCCGCCUCCAGCUGGGGCCGCUGGCCUACACGGUGCAGGAGAGUGCCAAGUCCUGGAUGAUUUCUCUGGGGAGGCUUCUCAACGACUCCGCCAGGGAAGAGCUGUUCCUACUGCAUGAGGAGCUUGAGACAUUGGGAAAAAAUCUCAAGAGGCCUCCCACUAGUCUUGAAGAUCUCAAAUUUGUCCUUGCAACAAUUGCUGAAAUUAGAAGCAAAUCGUUUUUAGUGGAACUGAGAUUUAAGGAUAUUCAAGAGAGAUACUGGACCAUGGCAAUGUAUGACCUCUAUCCUGGUGAAGCCGAGAGGGAACUAGCUUCACAAAUUGAGGACAUAUGGAAAAAUCUGUUUGCAGAGUCAGUGGAAAUCGAACACUCCCUUGGGGGCAUAAAGAAAACAUUUACAGAGAUCACUCGCACUGAAAUUGCAGAUUAUAGUCAUGAGAUACAGGACUUUGCAAAACGUUUUUAUGAGGAAGGCCCUGGUUCUGUUGGUGAGGAUCUUGAUAAAGGAAUGGAACUCUUAGCUGUGUUCGAGAAGGAGUUGGCGAAGCACGAAAGAAACCGGCAGGAGCUGGCUAACGCUGAAAAGCUCUUUGAUCUUCCAAUUACAAUGUACCCAGAACUGCUGCAAGUACAGAGGGAAAUAGCUGGAUUGAGGCAAAUCUAUGACAUUUAUAACGCACAGAAGGCUGCCAAAGAAGAGUGGUCUCAGACACUGUGGGCUAACCUGAACGUUCAGUUUCUCCAGGAAGGAAUUGAUAGCUUCCUCAAAGCCCUCAGAAAACUUCCCAGGCACGUGCGGAGCCUGACAGUCGCCUUUUAUUUGGAAUCCAAAAUGAAGGCGUUUAAAGAUUCUAUUCCUUUGCUGCUGGACUUGAAGAAUGAAGCUCUGAGAGAGAGACACUGGAAAGAGCUUAUGGAAAAAACUGGCAUAUUUUUUGAGAUGACAGCCACAUUCACUCUGGAAAACAUGUUUGCCAUGGAACUUCACAAGCAUACGGAUGUUAUCCAAGAGAUUGUGGUUUCUGCUGUCAAGGAAAUCACCAUUGAGAAGGCUGUCAAGGACAUAUUAGACACGUGGGAAAACAUGAAGUUUUCUGUCAUUAAGUACUUUAAAGGAACUCAGGAGCGAGGAUACAUUUUGGGAGCAGUAGAUGAGAUCAUUCAGUGCCUUGAUGACAACACUGUCAAUCUUCAGAGCAUUUCAGGAAGCAGAUUUGUGGGGCCCUUUCUGACAACCGUGCACAAAUGGGAAAAAACUCUCUCCUUAAUUGGUGAAGUUAUUGAGAUAUGGAUGGUGGUCCAGAGGAAGUGGAUGUAUCUGGAAAGCAUAUUUAUUGGUGGAGAUAUACGGUCACAGCUACCGGACGAGGCAAAGAAAUUUGACAACAUUGACAGAGUCUUUAAAAGGAUCAUGUCUGAGACCUGGAAAGAUCCCGUGAUCAAGAAGUGCUGUGAAGCUCCCAACCGACUCACCGACUUGCAGAAUAUAAAUAACGGACUUGAGAAAUGCCAGAAAAGCUUGAAUGACUAUCUGGAUUCCAAGAGAAACGCCUUCCCGAGGUUCUUCUUCAUCUCCGACGACGAGCUGCUCAGCAUCCUCGGCAGCAGCGACCCUCUCUGUGUCCAGGAGCACAUGAUAAAGAUGUAUGAUAAUAUAGCAUCACUGAAAUUUCAAGACGGUGAUAGUGGUGAAAAACUGGUGACCGCGAUGAUUUCGGCAGAGAAAGAAAUAAUGAAUUUCCGAAAGAUAUUGCGGGCUGAAGGGCGCGUGGAGGACUGGAUGACAUCAGUUUUACAUGAAAUGAGAAGAACAAAUAGAUUAAUUACCAAAGAAGCUAUUUUCAGAUACUGCGAAGACAGAAGCAGAGUUGAGUGGAUGUUGCUGUACCAAGGCAUGGUGGUGUUGGUUGCCAGCCAAGUGUGGUGGACUUGGGAGGUGGAAGACGUCUUUCGAAAAGUAAAGCAAGGAGAAAAACAGGCAAUGAAAAGUUAUGGCCAGAAAAUGCACCGGCAGAUUGAUGAACUGGUAACUCAGAUCACCAAACCAUUAAGUAAAAAUGACAGAAAAAAAUACAAUACGGUUCUCAUCAUUGACGUACAUGCCAGAGACAUAGUUGAUUCAUUUAUAAGAGGCAGUAUUCUUGAAGCUCGGGAAUUUGAAUGGGAAAGUCAGUUGCGCUUUUAUUGGGAUCGAGAACCAGAUGAAUUGAACGUCCGUCAGUGUACUGGAACUUUUGGCUAUGGCUAUGAGUAUAUGGGUCUGAAUGGACGCUUGGUCAUCACGCCAACUACAGAUCGGAUUUACCUGACACUUACCCAGGCAUUGUCCAUGUAUCUGGGUGGGGCACCAGCAGGGCCAGCAGGGACAGGGAAAACAGAGACCACCAAAGACCUGGCCAAAGCCUUGGGCUUGCUGUGCGUGGUAACCAACUGUGGAGAAGGCAUGGAUUACAAAGCUGUUGGGAAGAUUUUCUCCGGGCUGGCCCAGUGCGGUGCUUGGGGCUGUUUUGAUGAGUUCAAUCGCAUUGACGCCUCUGUGCUCUCAGUCAUCUCUUCCCAGAUUCAGACCAUCCGAAAUGCUCUGAUUCAUCAUCUGAUGACAUUUCAGUUUGAAGGCCAAGAAAUUUCCCUGGAUUCUCGCAUGGGCAUCUUCAUUACUAUGAAUCCAGGGUAUGCUGGCCGGACAGAACUCCCAGAGUCUGUGAAGGCUUUGUUCAGGCCUGUGGUUGUAAUUGUGCCUGACCUCCAACAGAUCUGUGAGAUCAUGCUCUUCUCCGAGGGAUUUCUUUUGGCAAAGACGCUGGCCAAAAAGAUGACUGUGUUGUACAAACUGUCCCGGGAGCAGCUGUCCAAACAGCACCAUUAUGACUUUGGACUGAGGGCUCUUAAGUCAGUGUUAGUGAUGGCUGGUGAACUGAAGAGAGGGUCUUUUGAACUAAGAGAGGAUGUGGUCCUGAUGAGGGCUCUCAGAGACAUGAAUCUGCCCAAGUUUGUGUUUGAAGACGUUCCUCUUUUCCUUGGCUUGAUUUCUGACUUGUUUCCUGGGCUUGAUUGUCCUCGAGUUCGCUACCCCAGUUUCAAUGACGCAGUAGAACAAGUCUUAGAGGACAACGGUUACAUCGUCUUACCAGUUCAGGUGGAUAAAGUGGUUCAAAUGUAUGAGACCAUGUUAACCCGCCAUACUACUAUGGUGGUUGGACCCACAGGAGGCGGCAAAUCGGUCAUCAUCAACACGUUAUGCCAGGCCCAGACGAAGCUUGGCUUAGUGACGAAGAUCUAUACGCUAAACCCCAAGGCAAUGAGUGUGAUAGAAUUAUACGGCAUUUUGGACCCUACUACCCGCGACUGGACAGAUGGUGUGUUGUCAAACAUCUUCAGGGAGACCAAUAAGCCAACAGACAAGAAAGAGAGAAAAUACAUUUUAUUUGAUGGUGAUGUGGAUGCACUCUGGGUGGAAAACAUGAAUUCUGUGAUGGAUGACAACAAGCUGUUGACCUUGGCCAAUGGAGAGCGCAUCCGACUUCAGGCUCAUUGUUCUCUGUUGUUUGAGGUUGGGGACUUACAGUAUGCUUCCCCUGCCACCGUCUCUCGAUGUGGGAUGGUUUAUGUUGAUCCUAAAAACCUGAAAUACGACCCUUUCUGGAUGAUGUGGGUUAACCGGAUCACCAACAAGCAAGAGCAGAAAGAUCUGCAGCAGCUCUACAACAAAUACGUUCCCUACCUCAUUGACAUGAUCGUGGAGGGGAUUCUUGAUGGCAGGCAAGGGGAGAAGCUCAAGACCAUAGUGCCUCAGACAGACCUAAACAUGGUGACUCAGUUGACCAAGAUGUUGGAUGCCUUACUUGAGACAGAAAUAGAAGACCCUGAACUCUUGGAAUGUUACUUCUUGGAGGCUCUCUACUGUUCUUUGGGGGCCUCCCUCCUGGAUGAUGGCAGACUGAAAUUUGAUGAAUGUGUUAAACGAGUUUCCUCCAUGUCAACAGUAGAAGAUGAGGAAGUCUGGGCCAGACCUGGUGAACUGCCAGGUCAGCUUCCAACACUGUAUGACUUUCAUUUUGAUGGCAAGCAGAAGAAGUGGAUCCCAUGGAAUAAAUUAGUUCCUGAAUACAUUCAUAACCCAGAACAGAAAUUUAUUGACAUCCUGGUUCACACAGUGGAUACCACCCGUACAACUUGGUUGCUGGAGCAAAUGGUUAAAAUUAAGCAUCCUGUUAUUUUUGUGGGUGAAUCUGGUACCUCUAAGACAGCCACUGCCCAGAACUUCCUAAAGAAUCUUAACCAAGACCUCAAUAUUGUGCUCAUCGUUAAUUUCUCCUCCCGUACCACAUCCAUGGAUAUUCAAAGGAAUUUGGAGGCAAAUGUUGAGAAGCGAACUAAAGACACUUAUGGACCACCCAUGGGUAAACAUCUCCUGGUAUUCAUGGAUGAUAUGAAUAUGCCCAAGGUUGAUGAGUAUGGCACACAGCAGCCGAUUGCUCUGCUGAAGCUCCUUUUGGAGAAGGGUUUCCUGUAUGACCGUGGGAAGGAGAUGAAUUGUAAAGUCCUCCGAGACCUUGGAUUCAUCGCUGCAAUGGGAAAGGCAGGAGGGGGUCGGAAUGAAGUUGAUCCAAGAUUUAUUUCUCUCUUCAAUGUUUUCAACGUGCCAUUUCCUUCGGAAGAGUCUUUGAGUCUCAUUUAUGCCUCCAUCUUGAAAGGCCAUACUAAGGUGUUUGCAGAGGCGAUCGCCGCUGUGAGUGACUUGAUGACCUUCUGCACGCUGCAGCUGUACCAGAUAAUUGUCCAGGACCUUCCCCCGACGCCCUCCAAGUUUCAUUACAUCUUUAACCUUCGGGAUCUCUCUCGAGUUUUCAAUGGGCUUGUCCUCACCAACCCAGAGCGGUUUCAGACAGUAUCACAGAUGGUGAGAGUCUGGAGAAAUGAGUGUUUGAGAGUUUUCCAUGACAGAUUAAUUAAUGAACACGACAAGACUUUGGUACAAGAUCAUAUCCGGGCCUUGGUUCAGGAACAUUUCCUGGAUGACUUGGAAUUUGUCAUGAGAGAUCCUAUACUCUUUGGAGAUUUUAGGAUGGCCUUGAACGAAGAAGAGCCUCGGAUUUAUGAAGACAUCCAGGAUUAUGAAGCUGCAAAAGCUCUUUUCCAGGAGAUCCUUGAAGAGUAUAAUGAAAGCAACACCAAAUUGAACCUGGUCCUCUUUGAUGAUGCUCUGGAGCACCUGAUUCGAGUCCACCGAAUUAUUCGAAUGAAUGGGGGCCACGCGCUGCUGGUUGGGGUGGGGGGUUCUGGAAAGCAGUCCCUGGCGAGGCUGGCGGCGUUCACAGCAGGCUGUGAGGUGUUUGAAAUUGUUUUGAGUCGAGGCUAUUCUGAAACGAAUUUCCGAGAGCAUAUCAAGAGCCUCUACAUAAAACUUGGAAUUGAGAACAAGUUGAUGAUUUUCUUAUUCACAGAUGCCCAUGUGGCAGAGGAGGGUUUCUUGGAGCUCAUCAACAACAUGUUAACGUCAGGAAUAGUGCCAGCACUUUUUCCCGAUGAUGAAAAAGAUUCCAUUCUAAGUCGAAUUGGACAAGAAGCUGCCAAGGCUGGUGUAGGACUGGCUAAAGAAAGCGUCUGGCAGUAUUUUGUCAAUAAGAGUGCAAAUAACCUUCACAUUGUCCUUGGCAUGUCUCCAGUUGGUGAGACGCUGAGAACACGAUGUCGAAAUUUUCCAGGGCUGGUAAAUAAUACAGGCAUUGACUGGUACUUACCAUGGCCACCUCAAGCCUUAUUUGCCGUUGCCCAGUCAUUUUUAGGGGAGAAUCCAAUGAUUCCGCCCGAUUACACAGAAGAUGUGGUAGGACACAUUGUUAUGGUCCAUGAGUCCGUUGGCGAGUUCAGCAAAAAAUUCCUCCAAAAACUGAGGCGAAGCAACUACGUCACUCCCAAGAACUACCUUGAUUUUAUCAGUACCUAUUCCAAGUUACUAGAUGAAAAAACUCAAUUCAACAUAGCACAGUGCAAACGUCUGGAAGGAGGACUGGAUAAGCUGAAAGAAGCCACCAUUCAGCUGGAUGAGCUGAAUGUGAAGCUGGCAGAGCAGAAGGUUGUCCUUGCUGAGAAGUCAGCUGCCUGCGAGGCUCUGUUGGAGGAGAUCUCCAUGAACACAGCAAUAGCGGAGGAAAAGAAGAAACUCGCCGAAGAGAAGGCCAUAGAGAUAGAGGAGCAGAAUCAGGUCAUCGCUGUGGAAAAAGCGGAGGCUGAGACAGCCCUGGAGGAAGCGAUGCCCAUCUUGGAAGCGGCCAAGCUGGAGCUGCAGAAGCUGGAUAAGUCCGACGUCACAGAGAUCAGGUCUUUUGCUAAGCCCCCCAAACAGGUGCAGACUGUCUGUGAGUGUAUUCUGAUUGUGAAGGGGUACAAGGAGCUCAACUGGAAGACGGCCAAGGGCAUGAUGUCUGACCCGAACUUCCUGAGGUCUCUCAUGGAGAUGGACUUUGAUUCAAUCACCCAGAGCCAAGUCAAGAACAUCCGAGGGCUCUUAAAGACUCUCAAUACAACCUUUGAAGAAAUGGAGGCCGUAAGCAAAGCCGGGUUGGGCAUGCUGAAGUUUGUGGAAGCCGUGAUGGGGUACUGUGAUGUUUUUAAGGAAAUCAAGCCCAAAAGAGAGAAGGUGGCGAGGCUGGAGAGGAACUACUUCCUCAGUAAAAGAGAACUGGAGAGAAUUCAGAACGAGCUGGCCACACUCCAGGCUGAACUGGAAGCGUUGGGAGCCAAAUAUGAGGCAGCCAUACUGGAAAAGCAACAGCUCCAGGAGGAAGCAGAGAUCAUGGAAAGGCGGCUGAUUGCCGCUGACAAGCUGAUCUCUGGCUUGGGCUCAGAAAACGUGAGGUGGAUGGCUGACUUGGAUGAGCUGAUACACCGGAGAUUCAAGUUGUUGGGUGACUGUCUGCUCUGCUCGGCCUUCCUGAGCUAUGAAGGGGCCUUCAACUGGGAGUUUCGAAAUGAGAUGGUCAAUGUGGUGUGGCAAAGAGAUUUACUGGAACGGGAAAUCCCCCUCAGCCAGCCUUUUCGACUAGAAAGCUUGCUCACGGAUGAUGUAGAGAUCAGUAGGUGGGGCUCCCAGGGCCUGCCUCCUGAUGAGCUGUCUGUUCAGAACGGCAUCCUCACCACGAGAGCUAGUCGCUUUCCUUUGUGUAUUGAUCCUCAGCAGCAAGCCCUCAACUGGAUAAAGAGAAAAGAAGAGAAAAAUAACCUACGGGUUGCUUCUUUUAAUGACCCCGAUUUCCUCAAACAGCUGGAAAUGUCCAUAAAGUACGGCACCCCUUUCUUAUUCCAAGAUGUGGAUGAAUAUAUUGAUCCAGUGAUUGAUAACGUAUUGGAAAAAAAUGUGAAAAACGUUCAAGGACGACAGUUUAUCAUACUGGGGGACAAAGAAGUGGAUUAUGAUGUGAAUUUCAAACUCUACCUGAACACCAAGCUGGCCAAUCCCAAAUAUUCUCCAUCCGUGUUUGGAAAAGCCAUGGUGAUCAACUACACUGUCACAUUAAAAGGCCUUGAGGACCAGCUGCUCAGCGUCAUCGUGGCCUAUGAGAGAAGAGAGCUGGAGGAGCAGAGGGAGCACCUCAUCCAGGAGACCAGUGAGAACAAAAACCUGCUGAAAGACCUGGAGGACUCCCUCCUCCGAGAGCUGGCCACGUCCACAGGCAACAUGUUGGACAACGUGGACUUGGUGCAGACACUCGAGGAGACAAAGACAAAAGCCACCGAGGUAUCGGAGAAACUCAAAUUGGCUGAAAAGACAGCAGUGGACAUUGACCGACUGCGUGAUGGCUACCGGCCUGCUGCCAAGAGGGGCGCCAUCUUGUUCUUUGUUUUAUCAGAAAUGGCACUGGUGAACACCAUGUAUCAGUAUUCGUUGUCCGCCUUCUUAGAGGUCUUCACUUUCUCACUUAAGAAAUCUUUGCCUGAUUCUUAUCUUUCAAGGAGGUUAAAAAACAUCAUGGACACUCUAACUUUCAACAUCUACAACUAUGGCUGCACAGGGCUAUUUGAAAGACACAAGCUGCUCUUUUCUUUUAAUAUGACCAUCAAGAUAGAGCAAGUGGAUGGCAGAGUCCCUCAGGAAGAGCUGGAUUUUUUUUUGAAAGGAAACAUUUCCCUGGAGAAGAACAAACGAAAAAAGCCUUGUACGUGGCUGGCUGAUCAGGGCUGGGAAGACAUUAUGCUUUUAUCUGAGCUAUUUCCAGACCCCUUUGGGAGACUUCCUGACGACGUAGAGAAGCAGAGCCACGUCUGGAAGGAGUGGUAUGACCUAGAUUCACUGGAACAGUUUCCAUUCCCCCUGGGCUAUGACAGCCGUGUGACCGAUUUCGAGAAGCUGCUUAUUCUGCGAUGUUUCCGAGUGGACCGGGUAUAUCGGGCAGUUACUGACUAUGUGACUGUGACCAUGGGGGAGAAGUAUGUUCAACCCCCAAUGAUCAGCUUUGAAGCCAUUUUUGAACAGAGCACUCCAAGUUCACCCAUUGUAUUCAUUCUGAGUCCUGGCUCAGACCCUGCCAGUGAUCUGAUGAAAUUAGCUGAUAGAUGUGGCUUUGGAGGAAAUCGUCUCAAAUUCCUUGCAAUGGGUCAAGGCCAAGAGAAGGUGGCAUUGCAUCUGCUGGGGACUGCUGUGGCCCGGGGUCAGUGGCUGAUGCUGCAGAACUGCCACCUUCUUGUCAAAUGGCUUAAGGACCUGGAGAAGUCUCUGGAGAGAAUCACAAAGCCCCACCCAGACUUCCGCCUGUGGCUCACCACUGACCCCACUAAAGGCUUUCCCAUCGGGAUCCUGCAGAAAUCCUUAAAGGUGGUCACUGAGCCACCCAACGGCCUGAAGUUGAACAUGCGGGCGACCUACUUCAAGAUCCCCCACGAGAUGCUGAAUCAGUGUCCUCAUCCUGCCUACAAGUCCCUGAUCUACGUGCUGGCCUUCUUCCAUGCAGUCGUGCAGGAGAGAAGAAAGUUUGGCAAGAUCGGCUGGAACGUGUCCUAUGACUUCAAUGAGUCCGAUUUCCAGGUCUGCAUGGAGAUCUUGAACACGUACUUGACAAAAGCCUUCCAACAAAAUGACAGCAAAAUCCCUUGGGGGAGUCUCAAGUAUCUCAUUGGAGAGGUCAUGUAUGGAGGCCGGGCUAUCGAUAGCUUUGACCGGCGCAUCCUGACCAUCUACAUGGACGAGUAUCUAGGGGAUUUCAUCUUUGACACCUUCCAGCCAUUCCACUUCUUCCGGAAUAAGGAAGUAGAUUAUAAAAUCCCAGAGGGUGAAACCAAGGAACAUUUUGUAGAAGCAAUUGAGUCACUUCCGCUCGCCAACACACCAGAGGUGUUUGGCCUCCAUCCGAACGCCGAGAUUGGAUACUACACCCAAGCUGCUCGGGCCAUGUGGUCUCACCUGUUGGAAUUACAGCCACAGACAGGGGAGUCUGUCACUGGCAUCAGCCGGGAGGAUUACAUCGCCCAGGUUGCCCAGGACAUUGAAAACAAAAUGCCCAAAGUGUUUGACUUGGACAGUAUCCGCAAACACCUGGGACUGGGCAUCUCUCCCACGACGGUGGUGCUGCUGCAGGAGCUGGAGCGUUUUAACAAACUGACGAUCCGCAUGAUGAAAUCUCUGGCUGAACUCCAGAGGGCCUUGGCUGGGGAAGUCGGGAUGAGCAACGAGCUGGAUGGUGUUGCUCGGGCCCUUUUCAUUGGUAACAUCCCAGGCAUCUGGAGGAAACUUGCCCCUGACACCUUGAAGACCCUUGGCAACUGGAUGGUGUACUUCCUGCGGAGAUUUGCUCAGUACACAACGUGGAUUUUAGAGAGUGACCCCAACGUGAUGUGGCUGUCAGGGCUACACAUCCCUGAGUCCUAUCUCACAGCUCUGGUUCAGGCCACCUGUCGGAAGAAUGGCUGGCCCCUGGAUCGCUCCACUUUGUUUACCCAAGUGACCAAAUUCCAGGAUGCAGAUGAGGUGACUGAACGAGCAGGACAAGGAUGCUUUGUGUCAGGGCUGUAUCUAGAAGGUGCUGACUGGGACAUUGAGAGAGGCUGCCUUAUUAAGAGCAAACCCAAAGUCCUGGUGGUGGACCUGCCCGUUCUGAAGAUAAUCCCCAUUGAAGCCCAUCGUCUCAAACUACAGAAUACCUUCCGGACACCUGUCUACACCACAUCCAUGAGAAGGAAUGCAAUGGGAAUUGGCUUAGUUUUUGAAGCAGAUCUCUUCACCACAAGGCACAUUUCACACUGGGUGCUACAAGGAGUGUGCCUCACCUUGAAUUCCGAUUAGCUCUUGAAUGGGAGAAACUGGAUUUCCAAUUCUAAGUUCUGAUGAUGGCAAUGGAUAUUCUGGGAACUCAUGAAGAACCAGAAAACCUGGAAUUAUUUUCCUGGCAUUGAGGCUCACUUGUAUGUAUUUUUACACUACAGGAGGGCUUGUCAUUGAUGGUUUUGUAAUCUGAAAAUAAAUGUUUAACUUCA